GUCCAAUGCUGCUGUGGGCCAACAGGAGAAGGAAGGCUGGGUGGGGGCAGAACAGAAGGGAGAGGACAGCAGGGCAGAUCACUCUCCCAACACCUGCACCUGGUCAUUUGGUUUCCAUUCAGUAACAAAGAAAGUCAUUUUUGACGGAUCAGGGGACCAACGUCUUGAUCCCACCUCGGUGAUGGUUGCAGCCAUCCGGACUCAAACUUUUGGCCUGAAAAGAGGGAGAAAUCUGGUGUAAUUUUUUGUUGCUUUUAUUUGCAAUGUUGCGCAGAGGAAUGUCAUAAGCGACUGAAAAGGUGUCGUUUUUCUUUAUAAAGAGGACAUUUGUAAAGCUGUCGGAUUUUUUUAUACCUGCGCAGACCUGCUGAGAGAGAUUUUCCAGUCCGGCGGCUCCGAGGCGCAAAACGCGGGGAAUGCAGCGGUAACAUCCCGCAAGUUUUGUGGGAUCUGAGAGGCUUAGUUGCUAUAGAAAAAAAAGCUCGAAAUCAAAGAUUUAGAUCUCUGUGGGCUACCUGCAUGACUGUUACCAUGACAGCAUCUGGAGCCCAGCUCCUUCUGUUAACCUUAUGUGUUUACAGAAGCUCAGGCCUGCAGCAGUUGGCUCCGCGGGUUCGCCUCUCCUUCAAAGAACUUAUGGACACAAGAGCUGCGCGGCCCUUCAGCUUCUCCUUCAACACCAGCGACUACCGCAUCCUCCUAAUGGAUCAGGAUCAGGGCCGUCUGUACCUGGGCAGCCGGGAGUACCUGGUGGCUCUGGAUAUGCACAAUGUCAACAAGGAGCCCCUCAUAAUCCACUGGCCAGCUUCGGCUAAGAGAAAGGGAGAAUGUCAGAUGACAGGAAAGGGUAGGCAGGGUGAAUGUGCCAACUUUGUGCGCUUGAUUGAGCCGUGGAACCGCACCCACCUCUACACCUGUGGAACUGGGGCGUACCAGCCCAUCUGCACAUUCAUCAACAGAGGCUGGAGGGCAGAGGAUUACCUGUUCAGGCUGGUCCCUGGGUAUGUGGAUUCAGGGAAAGGAAAAUGUUCCUAUGAUCCCAAACAGGAGAAUGUUGCUGUUCUGAUCAAUGGUAACCUUUAUGCUGGUGUACAUAUUGACUUCAUGAGCACAGAUGCUGCUUUGUUUAGGACUAUGGGAGGGAGAACAGCAAUCAGGACAGAGCAGUAUGACUCCAGGUGGCUCAACGAGCCUGUGUUUAUUCAGAUUCAACAGAUCCCUGACAGUGCAGAAAAGAACGAUGACAAACUUUACUUCUUUUUCCGUGAGAAGAGUCUGGACUCCAGCGGUGGGGCGAGCCCCACUGUUUUAGCCAGAGUGGGGAGAGUGUGUCUGAACGAUGAAGGAGGGCAGAAGUCCUUAGUGAACCGCUGGACAACGUUCCUGAAGGCUCGUCUUAUCUGUUCGGUGAUCGGAGACGAUGGGGUCGAGACACGAUUUGAUGAACUAAGGGAUGUGUUUAUCCAGCCAACACAGGAUGAGCGAAACCCCAUGGUGUAUGCUCUCUUCACCACAGCAGGUUCUGUGUUUAAGGGCUCAGCAGUCUGCGUGUACUCAAUGGCUGAUAUCCGCAAUGUCUUCAAUGGGCCGUUUGCACACAAGCAUGGCCAUAACUACCAAUGGACAGAGUAUACUGGCAAGAUUCCCUACCCAAGGCCUGGAACAUGUCCAGGAGGAACCUUCACUCCUGGCAUCCGCUCCUCCAAGAACUUCUCAGAUGAAGCUGUGAAUUUCAUAAGAGCUCAUCCCCUCAUGUUUCAUCCAGUUUAUCCUAUCCAUCGUCGCCCUCUGGUGGUGAGAACUGGUGUGGACUACCGUUACACUGCGUUGGUGGUGGAUCAGGUGGAUGCUGUGGAUGGGCGCUAUGAGGUGCUCUUUUUGGGCACAGAUCAAGGAACUGUGCAAAAAGUUAUUGUUUUGCCUAAGGACCCAACAAGCAUGGAAGAGCUAACACUAGAGGAAGUCGAAGUGUUUCGGACCAGAGCACCGGUCAAAACAAUGAAGUUAUCUUCUAAGAGACAACAGCUGUACGUGUCAUCGGACGCGGGGUUGACGCAGGUGUCGCUUCACCGCUGUGGGGUGUACGGCAGGGCCUGCUCCGACUGCUGUCUGGCACGGGACCCCUACUGUGCUUGGGAUGGAGAGAGCUGCUCUGCCUUCACCCCGUCGACCAAAAGGAGGAGCAGAAGACAGGAUGUUAAACAUGGUGAUCCACUCAGACAGUGCAGAGGCUUUAAUGCCAAAGUAGAGAAACGGCUGAGAGAGACCGUGCAGUUUGGGGUGGAGGGCAGCAGCACCUUCUUGGAGUGUCAGCCUCGCUCCCCUCAGGCCACCGUGAAGUGGCUUUUCCAGAGUGAGGGAAAGAGGAAAGUGCUCAACCGUGUUGGGGGAGUUCUAAAGACCAAUCAUGGCAUCCUUCUGAAGUCACUCAACCAAUCAGACGCAGGGCUCUACCACUGCCUCGCCACCGAAAACAACUUUAAGCACACAGUGGCCCGUGUGGCAUUGCGCAUCCUUGAUCGAGACAUUGUUUUGGCACUCACUGCUCAAGAUGAGGAUGAGGAGCCCAAAACUCACCAAGCAGAGCCUUACCCACAGUCAUCCCUCACUUCCACACCCUUCCCACCAGAGAUUAGACUGAUUAACCAGUACUGCCAGUCCUACUGGGAACAGCUCAACCCCAAACAGCAACAGCAGCGCAAGCGCACCAACCGCAGGCACACAGAAAGCCAGGACCAAGGCCUCGGAUAGAAGUUCGGGACAGAUGGCAUCUAAGACUGGCCUGUCUGGACUUUAUGCUGGACUUUUUUGUUAGACACGUAUCUGGUGUCACUUCCAUUUAUUCAGCAGGUGAUGCUGUCUUUUUGUUGUUAAAAUAUUGGUGAUUUUGCAAGUAUCAGUCCAAUAAAUCCAUAUUAAUUAGAGUUAACGCUACUGAUGACCACAUCUCUAAAAAUAACGAGUAUUUCUAGUUACCAAAACACAGCUUUAUAAUCAUGUAAUGUUACUGUGGGAAAGAAUAUAAAGGCUGCUCAGUGGUGAGGUUUCACAUAACCUUGGUUGUCUUUGGAAAACAGCUGACUGCAAUUUGAAUGGUAUGUUUUCUAUAGUUAAUGAGCUACAACUUGCAAAAACACAGGUAUACUUUCUUUUAACUAUCUUGAACCAGAAAUGUAAUAUAUUAAUUGUGAAUAUAAUAUAUAUGGUCAUGUUCUUUGGAUUACCCUUAUUGUAUGAAGCUGAUAUGAGGACAUAAAUGCAUACUUUGCAUGUG